AUGGAUAAUUCCACAUUACAUCCACUAAACUCUUCCUCUUCUGGUUGCCCUUGGAUGGCGUCUACACUCUUUACAUCGAUUUUGGCUCUAAUAACUGCAGUAACUUUCAUCGGAAACAUGCUUAUUGUCACAGCCUUUUUCAAGACCCCCAGCCUACGGACAAGCACUAAUUACUACAUCGUGAGCAUGGCUGUCUCUGACUUCAUUGGUCCAUUUUUCAUUUGGCCGCUGUACGUCUGUGAAGGCAUGCUGACUAGCACUGUUUUUAUCGGUGGGUCUUCGGCUUUGGCUGCAUGCAAGCUAGGAAUGUAUUUUAGGGCGUUAUCUCAGACAGUCUCCGUUCUGAGUCUUGUGUUGAUCAGUGUGGACAGAUUUGUUGCUAUUGUUUUUCCCUUUAAAUUUGCUGUGAUGAAUCGCAAAAUUCGAGUGGGCUUACUCGUGGUAUCAUGGCUGGUACCUUUGCUUGGUGUUCUUCCUUACUUAAUCUUUUCCGAGAUAACUACGGUAGAGAACCGGAGAGUUUGUAGAUUUAUGGUGAGGGACGAAGCUAAAAUAGGUAUUCACGCAAACGGCAUCGCUCUAUUUUACAUUCUUCCCCUGAUUACGAUUGUGGUUCUUUAUUCUCUGAUAAUGAUAAAACUGAAACAGAGUACCAAGAACAGUAACAUUCAAACAAGACCACAAGAUAUAGUGGGACGAAGCCAGCAGAACAGAAAAAUUCUUAAAAUCUUGAUAACUAUUGUCAUUGCUUUUUUCCUCUGCUGGACGCCACUAUCUAUGUAUUUUGUUCUUAGAAUUUUUUGUCCAGAUCUUUUUGUACAGGACACAUGUUUACUAAUCACUGGCUUUACUUUCUAUGUUUUUCCGUCUUUAAGUACAGCUGUUAAUCCGCUCAUCCUUUUUUCGUUUAGUACAAACUAUAAGCAAGCCUUGAGAAGUCUGUCUUCUCAGGUUUCUUUUCUUUGUAAGUGUAGAUGUAAAGCUAGUCAACCCCAAUAA